CAAACGGUUCAAAACCAUUUCAAGCAGUUCUGGGGCCUCUAUCAGAUUUUUGAAGCCUGAAAUGUCCAGAAAAGUUUACCAAAUAAAGUUGGAAUUGGAAAGCAGAGAUUUACUUCACACUCGUAUUUCAUCACGUUAUGUUUCAAAAAUGAUGUCGUUUUGGUUGCGUUUUGCAUUUGGAAGGAAAAAAGGUGAGGGAGGGAGAAAACGCCAGAUCGCUAGGCUAGAACACGUGUUUGAUAACUGAUAAGAACAGAAUACACGAAAAGAGAUGUGUGAAAAAACCUACUCGAGGACUGAAAACGAAAUUAUUUUAUUAUUCAUUUUCAUCGCCGUACAUUCUUGAACAUUUGAGACUUGUACCUGAAUACAUAUAAAUAAGUAUAUAACGGCAUUUGAAUAUGAUUCCGAAACACCUUUGUAGUAUUUUCAAUAAACCAUCCAAACCAAAUUUUUUGCUAUUUGCUAAUGCUAUCAAUAAAAUGAGAUAUUCGUCGAACCAAUUGAAUUCAACGAUGAGUCACUUGAAUGCAUCAACGAAUAUUCCUGCAUUUAAAAAAGAUUCCAUCUGUACAGAAACCUGGUUUUACACUAGUGGCAAAAAAUUCGAACAAGAGUUCACAUGGAUCAUCAAAGACUACAAUUUACAGAUAGCCAGUAUCCGUCGAAAUCAGUUCAAAUCACCCGUCUUUUCAGUGGCGAAUGAUUCUUGCAAGUGGUUUUUAGAACUCAAAAUCAAGGGUGUGUAUGAGUCUCUAAUGGAAUCCCCGGACCCUGAGUGGUUAUUUCUCAAUUUCAUCACGUUUCCCAGUACAACAACAAACGUCAGCUCAAUGUCGGGUUGUGUGCGUGCCUCACUUAUGGACUCGAAGAAUAAGAAAUCUAAUACCCUUGUGCGUAACUUCAAUGAGGAAACUGAAACUGAAAAAUUCAGCUUAAAAUUCAUUAAAUGCUGUGAUUUGAAGAACGAAUUAUCACCAGAAGGCGAGUUGAGGAUUUAUUUCAAAAUUUCCUUACUUCGGGAUAGAAUAACAGUUUCGAAUCAUUUUACACUGGAUGAAUCUAGCUGUGCGCAAGAUUUUGAAAAAUUAUUCAACGAUGACGAUUUUAGCGAUGUUAUAAUUGAUGUUGGCGGAAAGAAAUACCCGGCACAUAAAGCUAUCCUGGCAGCUCGUUGUCCAGUAUUCAAAGCGAUGUUUAAAAAUGACUCCUCGAAGAAUGAACAAAAUUGUGUCAUAGAAAUCAAAGAUAUCGACGAGAACAUUUUUCAAGAGGUGUUACGCUAUAUUUACACCGGAAAAGUUGAGAAUUUAAGCGAUAUAGCGUUAGAAUUGAUGAUCGUUGCUCAGAAAUAUGAUCUUGGACCUUUGAAGAAAGCGUGCUUGAAUGCACUAAGUGCGUCGACUUGAGCAGCGCACGUUAUUUGAAAAACUCAAAAAUUCAGUACCAUCGUAUGAGAUCAGAAGGCGAAAAUCAAACGCUUAUAGGUAUCCAUGAUUUGAUGAAACGUAUUUGGUACCUACCUACACACUAAACAGCACAGGAUGCUGAAAAAUUAGCCAUCCGCUAAUUUUUAUUACUCACUGAUCUGAUAUAUUAUGUUUUUUUUUCUUUCCAAUUCUCAACAUACGAGUAGGUGUUUGUUUGUUUUUUUUUAUCAUUUUAUUAUAUUUAUUGGCUUAUGUAAGUGCGUAUAAUGAUACUGAAUGGUUCAUAUUGUAUCAUCUGUAUUCAAAGUGUUCGAAUAUUUGCUAAAUAAAAGAUUUUCAGACAG